AUGUGUGAUGUAAUGCCCACUAUAUCGGAGGAUGGUAAUUCGAGUCAAGGAGAUCGGGACUCACAAGCAAGUGGAGAGGGAACAAAUGUUGAAGAUAUGCUAUUGAGUAUUUUGGAUGAACGUGACAGAUUAAUGGAAAGUUUACAUGAUGCACAAGAUCAAUUGGUAUUUACACAGAAUCGACUUGCAGAAGCUGAAAGAGAAAGAGAUGUUUUAAAUAGACAGUUAUCUGAAAAACUUCCUGAA